AUGCAAAGAUUAAACAAAUUGAUCAGUGGUAGAAGUGACAUUCAUAUCCGAUCAUCCAUUGUGAUGAAUAUUAAUUCUUUUAAUAGUAGAAAAUUCUCAUCAACAAUUAAAGCCUCUUCCUCUGAACAAGAAACAACAAUUAAAAAGUAUGGAGGAAUGAUGGGAAAGAAUUGGGAUGAAUUGUGGCAAAAUAAUCAAACACCUUGGGACACUAAACAAGGCUGUCCAAUUUUAAGACAUUUAGUGGAGAAUGUUUAUAAUAAUAGAUCGGAUUUGAAACAUGGGUUGAUUCCUGGAUGUGGAAAUGGAUAUGAUGCUGAUUUAAUGUCUGGAAUCAAAUCUAUUGAAACAGUGACCGGUUUGGAUAUUUCUGAGACUGCUGUUGAAAGUGCUAAUGGAAAAAAGGAAUCAUUUUCAUAUGGACAAGUUUCAAAAGUGAGCUUUGUUUGUGGAGACUUUUUCAAUGUGGAUAAAAAGUUUGAUAUUAUAUUUGAUUAUACUUUCCUGUGUGCUCUUCCACUUUCUCUUAGAGAAUCCUGGGCUAAACAAAUGAAAAAUCUUUUGAAUAGUAAGGAAAAUCCUCAAUCUGAACUGGUUACCCUCAUUUUCCCACUCUUCAAAUAUAACAAGAAUGGUCAACUUGAAACUGAUCCAACUGUUGGUCCACCUUACCUAUUAAAUUUCGAACUUGUUGAAAAACUCCUCACACAACAAGGUUUCACCCUUAUUGAAAAAUAUCCAGUUCCAGCCAAUUUGAGCCAUCCAGCAAGAGUUAAUAAUGAAAUUAUUGCCAGAUGGAAACUCUAA